AUGCACCGCACUUAUUCUAUGCGCCAGUCGCGCGCUCCGACCGCCUCGCAGGUCGAGAACCCUCCCCCACCAAUGUCUUCAACCAAGUCCAACCGGUGGCUCGGAAAGGGUGGCUUUGGUCAUGCUUUCCGUAAAAAUGCCGCCGGCGCCUUCGGCCCUGACCUCGCUCGGAAGCUGUCACAGCUGGUGAAGAUGGAGAAGAACGUGAUGCGCAGCAUGGAGCUGGUUGCGCGGGAGCGCAUGGAGGUCGCUCAACAACUCUCCAUCUGGGGCGAGGCCGCCGAUGAAGAUGUCUCGGACGUGACUGACAAGUUGGGCGUCUUGAUCUACGAGAUUGGAGAGCUUGAGGACAUGUUUGUGGACCGUUAUGAUCAAUAUCGUGUGACCAUCAAGAGUAUCCGCAACAUCGAAGCCUCGGUUCAGCCUAGCCGAGACCGCAAGCAGAAGAUCACCGACGAGAUCGCCAAGCUCAAGUACAAGGACCCCAACUCUCCCCGGAUUGUGGUACUGGAGCAGGAGCUUGUGCGCGCCGAAGCCGAGUCCUUGGUUGCCGAGGCGCAGCUUUCCAACAUCACUCGGGAGAAGGUCAAGGCGGCUUUCCAGUACCAGUUCGAUGCCCUCCGCGAGCACUGCGAGAAGGUUGCUAUCGUGGCUGGAUAUGGUAAGCACCUGCUGGACCUGAUCGAUGACGCCCCCGUCACUCCCGGCGAGACUCGCCCUGCCUACGACGGCUACGAGGCCAGCAAGGCCAUCAUCCAAGACUGCGAGGAUGCCCUGAGCAACUGGGUGAGCUCCAAGGCGGUCGUCAAGUCCAAUAUGUCUCAGCGUUCGCGCACCCUCUCCCAGCGUCAUCGCGACAAUGCCAGCAAGAACCGCGACGGUGUCGACCUCUCCAGUCAGGAUCAACCCAUGACUGGCGACCGAGACUCUUGGUUGCCCGCCGACCAGCACCCCGGCUACGAGGAGGAUGUUGAUGAUGUGGAGAGCACAGUCGACGUGGAGCAACGGGGCCGCGAGGAGGCGCGAGAGCCCAUUGCCGCUUAA